GCACGCCCGACCAGAAUGAUUUCUCCGAUGAGCCCCCUGCGGUUAGAUUACGUGUGCAGGACCGCGCUGUCUUUAACUGCUACGGUUCGGCGGAAAUGAGCCUGGCAAAGAAGAGUCGCGUCUAUACAGAGUGUUCCGAACAAGAAGAAUGACUCCAUCUCGUAGUGUCUCCUACAAAGAGCCUUGCUGAUCAAUAUAUAAAAUGGCAAGCGCCCGGUUUAAUCGAAGAUGAAGGAAGAGAAGGAAAGGCAUACUUUGUGAACGUGACAACGAACUCGAGGUUCGAUUCACCAAGCUCACUCAGAACUCUAUUUGAAAUCCACGCCUCCCAGCAUGACCGACAGGUCUUCCAGUGACUCCAGCAGCUCCAGAAAAGGUCGAGAGGGAUCAACAACAGCGUACAGGGAUCUUUACGAUGCUGACGUAUCCGACGAAGACACUCCUAAGGAACCUUCUGAGCCCUUCAUCGAAGACAAACGUCGUCGGAAGUCGUCGGGAGCCUUGUUUGUGCCUUCAAGGAGUGCCCCAGCAGUUAAGAGCGACGAAGCGCCGCGUACCGAAGAGGAACCCAAGCUGGAGACAAUCAAGGAAGGGACUGUCGACGAAAGCACGGUCACCGACGGCUCGGACGAACGCGAGCACCUUUUGGCACCGACGCCGAGACGCGGUGCCAUGGUGUCCAAAUGGAACGACCAGAACAUUUUCCAGACAUUGAGGGCUCGCCAGGCGUCGCUGACAUCGGAUGAAGUGGUGUUUAGUUCUGAGAACAGAUAUCACAAGUUCUUGGCCGUACUGGCUGUAGUGACGCUCUAUAUUUUGAUGUACGUUAUAGGAGGAUUUGUGUACUACGUCCUGGAUCGCAAUGGGUACACGAUAGGGUACCCUGGGUACCUGAACAAUACGAGUACGCGCGCGCCGGUGCGCUCGAUUCGCGAUAUAAGGCGUAUACUGCGAGGAUAGAGAAUGGACGCGUGCUCUGGAGAGCGGUGGAUUUUACAGCAGCUGGCCUUCACACUGUAUAUGUCGCAUUAUAGCUGAAGUCGAACUGUGACGUAGAAUUAAAGAACUGUUUUCCUAAGCCCCUCGUGAGGUGUGCCUCGGAUGUGAUGUGGACGUCAUAUGUCAGCACAUGUGAGUACAUGUGAUUGCACAAGCGCGAACGAAGUAGUACUGUAAUGUGUACCAUAUUGGAACAUUUGAAACAGA